AAGAACAGCAUACGGUGAUAACGGGGCAAAUAUUAUAGAAAAGGAAAACUUCAGCGGAUGAAUUCACGUAAUUCGCAGGAAAUAUACAACGACUAAAUACAUAAUCCCUGUUUUUAAAUAUUCGUGUUUCUGCUCUAUUUUAGCCUACAUGUGGAGGACGCGGCACCUGCAGUCUGUCACAUUUAGCAGAGGUUAAGAGUCGUCAUGCCAUAACGAUAAUUCGAUAAGGCAUAAUAUUUUUCUUUUGGUGAACAUAAACUCGAAUUACAGACGUAUGCAAUGACAUCUGUAAAUUAACGGUCUUUAGCAUCUUUUACCAUUUGCGGAAUGAAAAUUUCCUUAUGGAGCCAGUAUGACGAUGGACAGCAGCGUUCCUUGGCGCGUUUUGCAGUUAUUUCUGCUGUAGUCUGUGCUAAUGAAAACAUACUUUAUUGCCAGUCUUUAAUUAUUUUUGAUAAUUGUAAUGAGUGAAUGAAAACGUUGGGUAUAUCCUAUGUGCCAUUUGGUGAAUGAGGAUUUGAUCAUGGGAUGGUCUUUAGUUGUAUAGCCAUGCUGCACGCCUGAGCUACGCAGGUUGGAAUGUUAUGCUACCACUCCGAAGCCUUAUGAACACGCUCCGAAAUCUUAUCAGUGCGGGAUGCUGGCUGCAACACGACGGGAUGGUCGUCAGAUUCCGGUCUACAGCGACUCUAAUGGCUUUCGUGUUGCGAAGAUGGAAAAUAUUACUCGUGAUGAAUGUAAUUGCCGUGGCGGGGUUUAUGUCUUUCUGGGCUAAGUGCAGCUCUAGUACUAUAACCGCCAUUGGCCAAAACUCUCACGGUAAUGUGAAAAGGCACAGCCGCUACAACCUCACCAUUCAGAGAUCAAGCAUCAGUCACGAGGCCCUGCUGAAGAGACUUGCGUCUCUGGAGGACGUGGUCUACAGACAGCUUAAUGGUUUAUCAAAGUCGCUUGGACUUACUGAAGGUUUCGGUGGUAGAGGGAAAGGAGGAUUGCCUGCAACGCUGAGUCCUGCCGAGGAAGCUAAUGCAAAAUACCUGAGGGAGAAGUACGGGUACAAUGCUUACCUUAGCGACAGGAUUUCUCUGGACCGAUCCAUCCCAGACUUCCGCCCAAGCAAAUGUAAGAAGUACACGUACCCGAGGGAUCUCCCGCAAAUAUCCCUCAUCUUCAUCUUUGUGAAUGAAGCCCUGUCUGUGAUUCUGCGAUCCGUCCAUUCAGCUGUCAAUCACACACCAGCGCACCUGCUCAAGGAAAUCAUUCUGGUGGAUGACAACAGUGAUGAUGGGCAGUUGAAGGCCCCACUGGAGGAGUAUGUGAGUAGGCGAUAUCCGGGCCUGGUGAAGAUCGUGCGCAAUCGGAAGCGGGAAGGGCUCAUUCGAGCUCGCAUUGAGGGCUGGAAAGUGGCCACCGGGGAAGUUACAGGAUUCUUUGACGCCCAUGUGGAAUUCACGCCCUCCUGGGCAGAACCGGUUCUGGCAAGAAUUAAGGAGGAUCGCAGGAGAAUCAUCCUCCCCUCCAUCGAUAACAUCAAGCACGAUACCUUUGCGCUGGAGCACUACGAGAAGUCCGGGCACGGCUACAACUGGCAGCUCUGGUGCAUGUACAUCAACCCUCCUAAAGAGUGGUGGGAUGAGGGAGAUAUAGCUGCACCUAUCAGGACUCCUGCAAUGAUUGGCUGUUCUUUUGUGGCACACCAUGAGUACUUUGGGGAGCUGGGCUUGUUGGAUGAUGGCAUGGAUGUCUAUGGGGGAGAGAACAUCGAACUGGGAAUCAGGGUAUGGCUGUGUGGGGGCAGCAUGGAGGUGUUGCCCUGCUCCAGGGUGGCUCACAUGGCCCGGCUGAAGAAGCCGUACCUCAGCGACAUUACGAUCCACGCCCGACGCAAUGCCCUGCGUGUGGCAGAAGUCUGGAUGGAUGAGUACAAGUCCAACGUGUACAUGGCCUGGAACCUCCCCAUGGAUAAUCAUGGAAUAGACUAUGGUGACAUCUCCCAGAGAUUAGCCCUGAGGAAACGCCUGCACUGCAAGAACUUUGAGUGGUACCUAGACAACGUCUAUCCAGAGAUGAGGAGAUACAACAACACUGUUUUUUAUGGGGAAAUUCGUAAUAGCAGAGUGAGCCAUCUGUGCAUGGACCAGGGAUCAAAGGAGAACCACACAGCGAUUCUCCAUCCAUGCCAUGGCUUGGGUCCACAGCUGGGCAGGUACACCAGGGAGGGGCUUCUGUACCUGGGUCCUCUCGGUAGUACAGGGGAGGAGACCAGCUGUGUGGUGGAUGACCACGUCAGCAGCCUGCCACAGCUGCUGAACUGUGACGAGAUCCCCAACAAGCGGGCAAAAACUUGGCAUUUCUCCCAGAACGACUCUAUCGUCAACCAAGCUACCGGCCGCUGCCUGGAAGUGGUGCCAGCCAAUGUGUACUUUGGCUAUUUGCUUGUUUUACAGUCCUGCACUGGACAGAAAUGGAGCAUCAAAUACAACAUGAAACAGCUGUGACAAUAAAUCAGCAUUAUUACACAGAAAAGCAUGCAUCGCUACAUCCUCCACCUUGUCAACUCCAUUAAACAAAGUAGCGCUGUCAUCAUAGACACUGGAAUGGCUGAGUUUUUGCCGUGGGACACUUGUACUUGAAAAAUGUCUCCACAAAGACUUUCGGUGGAAGUGAGCUGAUUCUCAAUGCAAAAUUGAACCACCGCAGGUGUGAGACUGGGAAAACCAGACGAAUCGGCUGAUCGCCAAAAUGCAACAAUCAUGCUUGUUUUGUUUUGAUUCAUAUGAACAAUUUAAUUGAAAUGACAGAAAAAGGACAGUAAAAUAACAGCUACAGCCUUACUCUGCUUCUUUAAAAAGUACUGAAGAUGUUGCCAGGAAACUUAAUUAUGCAUAUACAGCAGUAGCACAAGUCAUUUUAUAAAUAAUUUAUAUAACGGGGUUAUCAAGAGGAAGCUUGCUUUUACAGACUAGUCAUAGAUGCUGAGAAUAGGAAAAAAUAAAAAAUCCAGGGCCUCAAUCAUCAAAUCAUCAAAUAACUCAUUCCAAAAUGUAGAAAUAUUUUAUACCUCAAUGAGAGGUUGGUUGCAUUUCACGUAGAAAAAAAUCAUGUAUGUAGCAAAUUUGGUUCAUUGCAUUUUACGAGAAAAAAAAAUCAUGUAUGUAGCAGAUUUCUCAAAGCUAUGUCAUGUGGCAUACCUGUACAAAGCAAUACUGACAAACUCCAGAGUAAUUAAAGAGC